AUGCUUUCAAAGGCGCUGUUUUUGUCGUCAUUGGUGACUCUGGCGGCAUCGCUUACCAGCUGGGACGAUUGGUCGCACGGCCGCGUUGCCCUUCAAGACGUCUCCAUCCACUUCCGGUACGCCGGGUCCGGGCCGCCUCUGCUGCUCGUCCACGGCAACCCGCAGUUCAGCUUGACGUGGCAGUUCAUUGGGCCCAUCCUGGCGGAGAACUACACCGUCAUCGCGGCAGACAACCGCGGCGCCGGCGACUCGUCCAUCCCUGCCAAUGGCAACUAUAGCGCCAUGGCGUCGGCCGAGGACCUCAAGGGGGUGCUCGACUUCCUCGGCGUCAACGAGACGUACGUCUUCUCCCACGACAAGGGCGUCGGCAUGGCCGCCGCGCUGGCCAUCAAGUAUCCCGGCCUCGUCAAGAUGCUCGGCAUGAGCGAGUACGCAUUUCCGGGGUUCGGGUAUGAAGAAGCGGCAAUGCCCGCUCCGUUCUGGGACUUGUACGCCAACCCGCAGCUAGCCUUCUUCCAGAUCCCAGACUUUGCCGAGUUCCUGAUCUCUGGCAAGGAGAAGCAGUUCCUGCAGUGGUACUUCUACCACAUGUCCUACUCCGGGCCGACGUCCAUGUCCGAGGACACGGUCAACCGCUACACGACGUCCAUCUCGAAGCCGGGCUUCUUGCGCGCUAUGACGGGGCCCUUUUCCUCGGCCGCAGUGGCGGAUGACCGCAGUUUCUUCACCGGUGCUCUAUCGUCGCCGUCCAACAGCUCGAAUGCCCCGCUGCCCAUGCCCGUCUUGGCUCUCGGCGGCGAGGCCGGCUUUGGGAUCCGUGCCAUCUUACAGAAGGGAUUGGGGAGCUUUUCUACCAGAAGCGAAAUCGAUAUCGUACCCAAGGCUGGGCAUUGGAUUGCUGAUGAGAAUCCUGUCUGGGUCGCAAACCGUGUUGGAAGAUGGCUCGCCACGGAUACGUCGCCGUUGGCCAAUCUUGACCUGUCCUGGCUCACGGACAAGGUAACGUUAACAGUAGGAUACUUUGGAACGCUGGGAAACGCAGCCCUGGGUGGCCUCAAUCUGGGUUAG